AUGAUGGAGCCUGAAGAGACCGACGUCAGAGCCGAUCCACCGGUGGUCCUCCAGAGACCCCCCAUGGAGACGAGACCUCCAGCACACCUGUCUGAUUACACCGUUGGCUUCCUCCAGGUGGUUGAGUCACGACAAGCACAGCUGCUCCGAGAAGAUGGAGAGUCACAACCAGCGGUGAAGGAGUACAACAGCAGACAGGUUCUGAUUGGUCAGAAGCGCUGCAGCUUCGGUGGUUGCCAAAGCAAAAUCCCAGAUGUGGAAGGAGUUCGGGGAGACGAUGGAGAAGGACUCAGAAAGGGAAAGCUUGAGUCAACUGAAUAUCUGCCUGAUGUGGACCAACACAUCCUCAUGGAGGAGGCAGACCUUCAUGCCUCUGAAGGCUCUGGACUUUGUUGGGCUGUUUUUGCUGAAACACCUCCUGUGGACCCCAUUUUCAAAAAGGACGUCCAGCAGCUGUUGGUGGUUAAAGAAGAGGUUCCUCCUGAGCAGCAGGAGUGGAGCUCCAGUCUGGACCAGGAGGAGCCAGAGCCCCCCACACCCCCACACAUUAAAGAGGAACAGGAGGAACUCUGGACCAGUCAGGAGGGAGAGCAGCUUCAAGGGCUGGAGGAGGCUGAUAUCACCAAGUUCACAUUCACUCCUGUCCCUGUGAAGAGUGAAGAUGAUGAAGAGAAACCUCAGUCCUCACAGCUUCAUCACAGACGUACUGAACACAUGGAGACAGAAGCUGAUGGAGAGGACUGUGGAGGACCAGAACCAGCAUGGAACUCAGAUCCAGAUAGACAUCCAGAACCAGAUCCUAAUGAGGAGACUGGAGACUCUUCUGAACCUGAGACUGAUGACAGUGAUGAUUGGAAGGAGACCAGAGAACCUCAGUCAGGUUUAAACUCUCUGAAUAAUGUUUCUGUCAGUAAAACCAGAUGUAGUGCUGGAGAGAAACCAUUUCGCUGCUCUCAGUGUUGGAAAAGAUUUGUUUUCGAGAGAAAUUUGAGAAGACACAUGGUAACUCAUACAAGAGAGAAACCAUCCAGCUGCUCAGUCUGUAAGAAAUCUUUUACACAGAGUGGGAAUUUACAGAAACACAUGAGAAUUCACACAGGAGAGAAACCAUACAACUGCUCAGUGUGCGCAAAAGCUUUCAGUGAUAGUGGUAAUCUGAAGGUGCACAUGAGAUCUCAUUCAGGGGAGAAACCUUUCAGCUGCUCACUGUGUGUGAAAAGAUUUGGCUUCAAGUCACAUCUGAAGAAACACAUAAGAACUCAUACAGGAGAGAAACCAUUCAGCUGCUCUGUGUGUGGAAAAAGUUUCAGUGAUAGUGGUAAUCUGAAGGUGCACAUGAGAUCUCAUACAGGAGAGAAACCUUUCAGCUGCUCACUUUGUGAGAAAUCUUAUACACAGAGUGGAGAUUUACAGAGACACAUGAGGAUCCACACAGGAGAGAAACCAUUCAGCUGCUCAGUGUGUGGGAAAAGAUUUGGCUUCAAGUCACAUCUGAAUAAACACAUGAUAAUCCACACUGGAGAGAAAAGAUUCAGCUGUAGUGUUUGUGACAAAAGAUUCACUUGGCUUUAUCAGGUCAAAAGUCAUGAAUGUGUUGGACAUCAGUCCUCACAGCUUCAUCAGACUGAGGAGGACGGAGAGGCAGAACCUUCAGCCAGCAGCAAGGAGACCAGAGAACCUCAGUCAGGUUUAAACUCUCUGAAUAAUGAUGAUGUCUGUCAAAGGGAUAUGAUAUGUAAGACCGAUGAGAAACCAUUAAGUUGCUUGGUUUGUUGUAAAACAUUCCCUCAGAAAGAGAUCUCCUCCAGCCACAGCGAUAGGCAUUGGGGUCGGGUGAGCCGGGUGGCAUCUCAGACUUGCUCUAUGGACGUGGAAGGUCAACUCUUUGGCGGGGAAGGAGAUGGUGCUGGAGGUCUGUCCGAAGGGUCAAUGGAGUUUGCCCAUCCGGUCUACAUGUGGUUUGUGGACGUGGAGAAGGCCUACGACCGUGUCCCACUGGGAGUCCUGUGGGAAGACUCGGUACCGGGGUCGUUACUACGAGCCAUCCGGUCCUUGGUGACUUUUACCAAAGAACACCUCAGCCAUGACCUCCCCAAAUACAGACCAGAGAGGAGAACCCUGCAGAGAUUAAAGCUCUGUGAAGAUGGUUGUGGAUUUCCCGCCUCCAUCACCGUGUGUGACUCCAUCGUCGACGCCGUGGACUCCUUCUGCUUCCGCAGCUCGACCAAAAAACCAGGACCUGAAGACAGACAGAUUGUAGGCGACACCUCUCACCCUGGACACAAACUCUCCGAACCCCUUCCCCUCUGCAG